AUGACAUCCAACAUCCCCGAGAUCCUCCUCCUCUGCGUGGAUGCCACCUUCCUAACAACCUUCAACCAAACAAUCACCCAACUCUGGCCGGAACACUCAUCCAAAAUAAAAAUAACCCCCAUAAACGAACGCCUAAACUCCCUCCCCGCAGGCACAACCUUCAACCUAAUAGUCUCCCCGGCAAACUCCUACGCCCGCCUCGACGGCGCCUUCGACAACGCGAUCUCCCUAACCUUCAGCCCACGCAACGACUACCACGCCCUAACCCGCGCCGCACAGAGGGUCUUCUACGAAAAAUGGCGAGGGUUCGCACCGCCCGGCUCGUGCACGCUUGUCGAGUUCCCCGAAGAACUAAAAAAAAAUGUUUACGGCUGUGAGUGGGUGGCUAUGUGUCCGACGAUGAGGCAGCCGGGCAAUGUGGAGUGGGAUCGUGAGGUUGUUUAUGAGUGUGUUUGGAGUCUUUUGUGUCGGGUUGAGGGGUUUAAUCGCUCUGCGUCUGAAGAGGGAAAGAAGAUUGAGAGGGUGCUGCUGACGCCGUUGGCUACUGGGAUUGGGAGGGUUAGUAAGGAGCGAUGGGCGGGGCAGAUGGUGCUGGCUUUGAAGCAUUUUGUUGAUGCUGUUGAGAGGCCGCAGGUUUGGGGGGUUUGCAGUGGGGGGAUAUUACUGGGGUUGAUUGUGAGGUUGAGAGGACUUGGAAAUUUGUAG